AUGGAAUCGUGUCCCAGUUUUACAAUAUUAUCAGUUCAGGCUUCAGCACUACUUAUGAGUCUUGUAUCCAGUCUGACAGGUUCUCGCACUCAGCAAUCUAAUAGUAAUCCUCCUGGAAAUACUGUACCUCCAAGUGGUUCAAAACAAAAUCGUUCUGUAAGACGUCAAGGUAAUGUUGCUCGUCUUUCGCACAUGCCUGAUAGUUCAGAUGAUGAACAAGCCCGAUGGAAUGGAAAUUCCACAGAACAACUGUGA